AUGUCAUCUGAUAUUUCUGUCAAUGAAGACUUCUAUUUUGAGGGUAUAUUUCCAAGAUGUAGCGAUGAGUUUGCUAAUGUGACAAACGAGGCAUUGCCUAAACCUAGCACUUAUAUUGAUAAUAUUUGCACUAAAAUUUUCUAUGAAGCAGGAGUUAAUAAUUUUAAUAAAAUGUCUCGAUUUAAAGAACAAUGUAUACCACUUGUUGAAUAUUUAAAUAAUAUAAAGGGUAAAAAGGAUGAAUCUUAUAUAAAGUCAAGUUGUAUCUAUUUCAACUACAUGCUAAAAUAUACAUUAAUGCAAUAUAAUUGCUUAUACCAAAAUACAAAAGAAAUUUACAAAAAAAUGGAAAAUGCAGACAAACGAAAUAAUUUACCUGAUAAAUGUAGUUCUUAUAUUAAAAAUAUAGAUGAUAAUACAUUUUACAAAUUUUAUUUUCUGGAAUGGUUAUAUAAUUAUAGAAUAAAAUUUAAAGAGGAUAGUAAUGAAUGCCCUUACGGCAGUGAAUAUUAUAAUAAAUAUUUAAUCCUUUUACAGAAGUGUAUUAAUGAUAAUAGUAACAGUUUCUGUAGAGCUCUUAACGAGUUGAAACAAGAAAAUUUUAGCAUAGAACGUGUAUUUGAAUGCCUCCAAGGUUCUAAACACUUAUAUCACUCUUCACGGACAGUUACAGGAAUAGGGAUUUUACUAUUUUCAAUAGCAGUAAUAAAAUUCAUUAUGUAUAAGGUUAAAAAUAUUUUUAAUUUAAAAAAAGAAGAACACAACAAAUUAUUGGAUUCUUUUGAACAUGCAUACAACUGUUUAGUAUAUAAUAAAUGUCAAAUAGCAUAUAACUGUGUAUAA